UCUCCUCCAACUACCAAAUUAUAAGUGUUGUCGGAGAAGGGACAUAUGGCAGAGUUGCCAAAUGUGUCCAAAUGGCUAACAAAAAGAUUGUAGCCAUUAAAAUGAUAAAGGAUCAGGACCAAAAAGACCCGUUUAAAAACCAAGAGCUGGCUGCCCUGCAAAAACUUAAAGCCUGUAACUCCAGCAAGUACAAUAUAGUCGAAUGGUACCAGGCUUUUACAGUCCGUGGACAUCUGUGCCUUGAAUUUGAAUUCCUCGAAAAAAGUCUUUUUGACUUAUUGCAAGAAAGAUAUUGCAAUCCGCUCAGUUUAAAGGCUAUUCGCCCCAUCGUCAUACAGAUAGCUUUAGCUCUUAGCCACCUCAAGUCGAUUGGAACAAUCCAUGCAGACUUGAAAUUAGAGAACGUAAUGCUGGUGAAUAAUCCCCAAGAGCCAUACCGAGUUAAACUAAUUGACUUCGGUCUGGCCUGUGAGACCUCAGCUGCCAAGGUGGGCUCAUACAUCCAGACACGUCCGUACCGGUCUCCGGAGAUUAUUCUGGGGCUUCCAUUUACAGAAGCCAUAGACAUAUGGUCUCUGGGCUGCAUGGCAGUGUCUCUAUACACUGGUUACUUGCUGUACCCGGGAUACAGUGAACAUGCCAUACUAAAAUACAUAACGGAGACUCAAGGAGAACUCCCAGAGCAAAUGUUAAACUGUGGGCAAAAGACUGCAAAGUAUUUCUGCAGGGAGUUCAAUUCCGACAACAUCUACCACUGGAAACUCAAGACAACUGAACAAUAUUUCCAGGAGUUUGGGAUUGAGUUUGUUGACAAAAGAGUACAAAAAUUGAAGUCUCUGGAUGAACUCUUAUAUACCGAGAUCAUUGAAGAUGAGGAUUAUGCAGAUGCAACUGCAAAAAGGUGUGAUAUCCUGAUGUUUGUAGACAUGGUAAAGCACUUGCUUCACCUCGAUCCCCGAAAACGAAUAACACCCAAUCAGGUCCUUGAGCAUGCCUUUUCAAAACUGAGCCACCUUGCAUGGAUACGCCAGAGUAGCUCCUAUGUUGAGUCCUGCUAUGAGCACAUAAACUACUUAAGGACAAAGAAGAAAGAGACGCCAGGACAGAGUCUACAUACCAGCAGGACAGAGUCUGCACACAAGCCCACCUCUGACACCAGACAAUCUGCUCAGAGGAACUUCCCUCCCUCUGCAGCAGAGAGAAAAACACGAGUGAUCCCCCACAGCCAAAACGGUUCUCCCCAUUCAACUCAGAGGAGCAGCCACAAUUUAGUCAGGUCCAGUCAGAGUGAAAAUUCUGAGACAAUUCCAAAGAAAGCACAGUGUAAAAGAAAGCACCUGCAGGAAAAUGAAAAGGAUACGAGUGACCCAGAUCUUAAAAGAAAAAAGACUAAUUGGAAAGAUGUGCGCAGAGAAACACUGUACCAACAUGAAAGGUCAGAUCAUGACCAGCAGAAGCGCCACGAUUCUAUGGCUCCAUCCUGCGCAACCACUAGCUACAGGACACAAAAUUCCAUCUUGCCAAUUAAGAGGAAGCCAGAUGAAAGCAUCUUUGCGACAUCAAAUAAGAGGGCCAGAACCAACUGCGAAAACGGCAAGCGCCACACCUUUAACCACAGCUGGGCCGAGGACCACCGCUAGAGAAUCAUUUUUUGAAAUAAAAAUGAAGACAUCAGCCAUUUCCAGGCUGAAGGCGAAUAAGGCACCGGGCACAGACGGUUAUCCGUCCGAAUGGUAUAAAGCAUUUAGGACGCAACUAACACCAGUGCUGCUUAAUUGCUUUAAUCAUACACUAAGAACAGGAGUAGCCCCACAAUCUUGGAGAGAAGCAGUUAUCCCAAUUAUCCCAAAAGACGGCAAAGAUAAAAAAGAAUGCAGCUCGUAUAGGCCAAUCUCUAUCCUUAACGUGGACUAUAAAUUACGGUAUUUGCUUCAAUAUUAGCUAAGAGACUGGAAUCAAUUAUCCCGGAGCUGAUAGACCUAGAUCAGACAGGCUUUGUCUCAAAUAGACAGACCUCUCUGCAUUGAAUCAUAUCUG